GAUUCUCAGCACUUGCACACUGCACUGCCCCUCUCUCCACUUCACACAGUGGUCAAGGGCAACAACUAUUUCUCCUCUCAAGAUGUUGAAUCUGAGGAUCCUGCUCUUUUUCUUUACUGUACCAUGGAUGUUUUGUGGAACGGCAAGAAAUGAUAAACUGGUGCCUAGAAUCAGAGGGAUAUUGAAAAUAAUAGAUCACGAAGAAUUAAUCUCAGAGACGAGCACUUUCAUGGAGCAAAGGAAACCAAAGAAAAAGGUCGUUCCUACUCCAGAUUAUGAAAGUCUAGAUAACACAGUCGACCAGCCGAAAGCUGAAAGUCCAGGAGCAGACAAUAAAGACGAUGAGGAACUUCCCACUUGCUUGAUGUGUGUAUGUCUCACUGGAUCGGUAUACUGCGAGGACGUGUCCCCAGACAUGACAACAGUUCCACCUCUACCAAAGGAAACAUCUUACCUCUAUGCACGCUUCAACAAAAUCACUAAAAUAACCGGCAAAGACUUUGGUGAUAUUGUGACACUGAGAAGAAUCGACCUGUCUGGCAACCUAAUCUCAGAAAUCGAGGAUGGAGCCUUUUCAAAACUCACUCAGCUAGAGGAACUAUCACUAGCUGAGAACAAACUGGUGAAGCUGCCAAUGUUGCCAGCAAAACUUAUGUCUCUCAAUGUCAAUCACAAUCAACUUAAAACAAAGGGAGUAAAGGCAAAUGCUUUCAAGAAACUCAGCAAGUUGGCUUACCUCUACCUUGGGGAUAAUGAGCUGGAAGCUGUUCCACCCCUGCCUGAAAACCUACGUGUAGUUCAUCUACAUAACAACAAUAUAACAACGAUCACAGAUGAGACUUUCUGCAAAGGAAACAACACGCAUUAUAUCAGGUACAACAUGCUGGAGGUUCGACUUGAUGGGAACCCACUAAUGCUGGCCCAAUAUCCCAACAGCUUCAUCUGUCUGAGGUCUCUACCGAUUGGACACUACAAGUGAU